AACUCCGGUGGAGGAAGAAGACGGACGACGACGACAAGAGCCAUGAAAGAGGAAGCUACAAGCAGAAAUAGAAAGAGGAAGAGACAAAGAAACCCUAAAACCCCUAAAGAGGAGCCUAAUGAGACACCGAAGAAACAAAACAACGACAAAAAGAAUCAGAGAGAGACCAAAACCCAUAAAAACCACCAACAUGGAGGAUCUUCAGCUUCAUCGAAACGACCUAAACCUUCCAAUUAUCUCGAUAUGCUUCGAGAGAAAUUAUCCGGUGGGAACUUCAGGAGGCUCAAUGAGAAGCUCUACACUUGCUCUGGACAAGAAGCAUUAGAUUACUUUAGAGAGGAUCCAGACUUGUUUGAUAUGUAUCAUACAGGUUAUCAGCAACAAAUGUCAAAUUGGCCCGAGCUUCCUGUUAACUCCAUUAUAAACUGGCUAUUGUCUCGAAGCUGUUCUUUAGUUGUGGCUGAUUUUGGCUGUGGUGAUGCAAAGAUUGCAAAGAGUGUUAAGAACAAAGUUUUCUCCUUUGAUCUUGUCGCAAAAAACCCGUCUGUUAUCGCUUGCGAUAUGUCAAAUACUUCGCUUGAGUCUUCAUCAGUAGAUGUUGCUGUUUUCUGUCUUUCGUUGAUGGGAACAAAUUAUUCAAGUUACAUCAAAGAGGCACAUCGAGUUCUUCGUCCAAGCGGCUGGCUUCUUAUAGCGGAAGUAAAAAGCAGGUUUGAUCCAAAUAAUGGAGGAGCAGACCCAAAAGACUUUGUGAAAGCAGUUUGUGACCUUGGAUUCACGUCGACUUUAAAGGACUUCUCGAAUAAGAUGUUCAUCUUACUGCAUUUCAAGAAAAAGGAGGAGUCGAAUUCAAAUGAGAAGAAAAUCGAAUGGCCUGAGUUAAAAGCAUGUUUAUACAAACGUCGGUGAUGGGUUUAUGAUGGAAGAUCAAACAGAGUGCUGGAGUGUAGUGCUUUCUGUGUUCUUCAGUGUUGUAUUAUUUAGGCAUAUUGAUUGUCUGUAAAAGCUCAGACUUUCAUCUUUGUUUCAGAAUUUUGUUAUACAAAGUGAGAUUCAGUGCCUUUGUUUUUU